AUGGGGAGCAGGACAUGUCCCAGAGCCCCUGCAGCUGCCAGCACAGCCUGCCCACUGGGGGACACUGCUUGUGACAAACCUGCCUGUGACAAACCUGCCUGUGACAAACCUGUUUGUGACAAACCUUCAUGUGCCAAACCAGUUUGUGUCAAACCUGCUUGUGACAAACCUGCUUGUCCCAAACCUGCCUGUGACAAACCUGCCUGUGCCAAACCUGCCUGUGACAAACCUGCCUGUGUCAAACCUGUUUGUGACAAACCUGCCUGUGCCAAACCUGCCUGUGACAAACCUGCUUGUGACAAACCUGCUUGUGACAAACCUGUUUGUGACAAACCUGCUUGUGUCAAACCUGCCUGUGACAAACCUGCUUGUGACAAACCUGUUUGUGACAAACCUGCCUGUGUCAAACCUGCCUGUGACAAACCUGCUUGUGUCAAACCUGCCUGUGACAAACCUGCCUGUGACAAACCUGCUUGUGACAAACCUGCCUGUGUCAAACCUGUUUGUGACAAACCUGCCUGUGUCAAACCUGCCUGUGACAAACCUGCUUGUGUCAAACCUGCCUGUGACAAACCUGCUUGUGACAAACCUGCCUGUGUCAAACCUGUUUGUGACAAACCUGCCUGUGUCAAACCUGCCUGUGACAAACCUGCUUGUGUCAAACCUGCUUGUGACAAACCUGCCUGUGUCAAACCUGCCUGUGACAAACCUGCUUGUGACAAACCUGCUUGUGACAAACCUGCCUGUGACAAACCUGCCUGUGCCAAACCUGCUUGUGACAAACCUGCUUGUGACAAACCUGCUUGUGACAAACCUGCCUGUGCCAAACCUGCCUGUGUCAAACCUGCUUGUGACAAACCUGCAUGUGCCAAACCAGUUUGUGACAAACCUGCCUGUGCCAAACCUGCUUGUGCCAAACCUGCCUGUGACAAACCUGCUGAGGCCCCAGUGGAGCUGGGCUCACUGCAGCCUCUGCUGUGUUUGCACCACAUCAAAGGGUUCCCAGGUUAUGCAAGCUGA